CAUGGAGGAGGAGGAGCUGCAAGGUGCUCGGGAGCUCCGUGCGGUUAGUGGCUUUGGUGCCUGUCGCAGUUAGUAGGCGCUACGGCUGCUGCAGAUCCGGAAGAAGUAGUGAGCGCCCUGGAGACCCUUAAAGUGCCCAGCGGAGACGUGGGAGCCAGUUCGCAGCCAUUUUAAUGGACGUUGUGGAUGAAGAGCAGGGGACAGAGGACAGGUUACCAGAUACAGAUGGCAGUGAAAAGAAUGAGGUGUAUCCUAAAGAGACAGUUCGGAAACGACAGAAUUCUAUACGGAGCUCCAGAAGUAGUGACUCCUGCAGAUCAUCAAGGAAAAGUUUCAAGUUAGAUGUCCGAAUGGAAGAGGAAGUUACCAAGUCAAGGAGACUCAAGAAUGGUAGAUUUGUGAACCCAUGGCCUACAUGGAAGGCACCCUCCAUCUGGAAUGCUCUAAAAUGGGUAGUCACAGAAAAAGAUAAUAGCAGUGUUCCCAGCUCAAAGGAGGAGCUUGACAAGGUGCUUCCAAUUGUUAAACCCUACUUUGUUCAAUGCCCUGAUCUUGCUGGCAAGACCAAAAAUGGAAUACGGGUCACAUGGUUAGGACAUGCUUCUGUCAUGGUAGAAAUGGAUGAUGUGAUAUUUCUUACUGAUCCUAUCUUCAGUCAACAUGCAUCCCCAAUAAGCUUCGCAGGGCCAAAGCGUUUCCGUGGGCCUCCAUGUUCGGUGGAACAACUUCCAAAAAUAGAUGCUGUUGUAAUCAGCCAUAACCAUUAUGACCACUUGGAUUAUAACACAGUAGUAGGUCUUAAUGAGCGUUUUGGUACUGAGUUGAGAUGGUUUGUACCUUUGGGCCUUUUAAACUGGAUGCAGAAAUGUGGCUGCGAGAAUGUAAUUGAAUUGGAUUGGUGGGAGCAAAACUGUGUACCUGGACAUGAUGAAGUAACAUUUGUGUUUACCCCAUGCCAGCACUGGUGCAAAAGGACACCUAUAGAUGACAACAAAGUGCUUUGGGGUAGUUGGUCUGUCCUUGGACCAUCAAACCGAUUCUUUUUUGCAGGAGAUACUGGGUAUUGUGCUGCUUUUGAAGAGAUAGGAAAGAGAUUUGGUCCUUUUGACAUUGCUGCUAUUCCAAUUGGAGCCUAUGAACCAAGAUGGGUUAUGAGAAGUCAGCAUGUGGACCCAGAAGAGGCAGUUAGAAUUCAUGCUGAUGUCCGUGCAAAGAAAUCUGUUGGCGUUCACUGGGGAACGUUUGCAUUAGCCAAUGAGCACUAUUUGGAUCCACCAAGAAAACUCACUGAAGCCCUUGAAAGAUAUGGACUGAAUGCAGAUGAUUUUUUUGUAUUAAACCAUGGAGAAUCUAUACAUCUUAAUAUGGACAACGAUGAACUAUCUGAAGAUUGAUAAAUACAUCUUAAUAUUUUAAUUUCAUCAAAUACUUUUACUAGAAGAUUUUAUAUAUUAAUGCAAGUGACAUGCAUUUCUUACAUUAAGGGG